AUGCUCCACAGCAAUUGGGGCGAUGUCAUCUUCCCCUCCAAAUGGCAGACCUACUGCCAGGGGGAGUGCUUCUCGGUGCUGGCCGUCUACCGGGUGUCCUUCGGCUUCCUGCUCUACCAUCUGGGCAUGUGCAUUUUCACCAUCGGUGUCACGACAAGUCGCUUCCCGCGUGCCAUGUUCCAUAACGGCUUCUGGCCCAUUAAGGCCAUCCUCUUGGCCGGCCUGAUCACGGCGGCCUUCUUUAUCCCGGAGAACUUCUACCGGUACUAUGCGUACAUUUGCAUCGGCCUGGGCAUCAUCUUCCUGCUGGUCCAGACGAUCAUCGUCAUCGACACGGCACACACCCUGGCCGAGAAGCUGGUCGGCUACUAUGAAGAGACCCAGGACAUCUGCUGGCAGUUGGCCCUCUACAGUCUGGUGAUCAUCGCCCUUGGGACCCUGAUUGGCGGGUCGACCAUGCUGUACAUCUACUUCGGCAGCGGCCCCGGCUGUGGGCUGAACAUCUUCUUCAUCACCUUCAACCUGGUGGUGUGCAUUGUGCUGAUGCUGUGCUCCGUGCUGACUGUCGUCCAGGAAGCCAACCCCCGGAUGGGCAUCCUCCAGCCGAGCAUCAUCGCCAUGUACCUGACGUACGUGGUCGCCAGUGCCAUGGCCAGCCAGCCGGACGACUCAACCUGCAUGGCUGGUUCCGGCAGCAUGGGGGUCUGGGGCGAGGUGCUCAUGUACUUUGGCUUCAUUUCGACCUUCGUCUUCCUCGGGGUGGCGGCCUUCAGCUACGGGUCGCGCGAUGAGCCCUUCUCCGCAUCCGUCGGUAGCGCCAGUGGCUCCGACGAUGAAGACGAGGAAAUCGAGGGCACCAAGUACCACUACUACCUUUUCCAUCUGGUCUUUGUCCUGGCUGCCGGGUAUAUGGCCGUGCUGCUGACCAACUGGUCGAUCUUGGUCCCGAGCACGGGCAAUGGGUCGAGUGCCGUUGGGUCUUUGGCCGUUGGCAGUCUCUUUGGCAGCAGCGAGGGGGUAUCGGCCGCGGCCAGUGCCGCUGGACUUGCCCUCGGCCGGCGUCUGACCGCCCUGGCUGCCCUGGUCCGGCGCUCGGACUUGGCCAUGAUGCUGCUGCCGAAGCCGGUGGCCCUGACGGUGUCCGCCCUGGGCAGCCUGUCGGGCAGCGAAGCCGGCAUCCUCGCUGCGGACAGCUCCACCUACUUCGAUGUUGACCAGGGGAUUGGCUCCAUGUGGGCCAAGAUGGCCACCAGUUGGCUCAUUUCCUUGCUCUUUGGCUGGACCCUCUUUGCGCCGGUCAUGUUCCCGGACCGCUUCUCGGACCUCUGA